AUGCCGGCGAACACUGCACAAUCACUCGACUGGAUAUCGCCGUCUUCAAUCAACCAUUCAAUCGACAACGGGGAGCAUACUUUCGGGGCAAUUGCCAAAGAUGGUAUCUUAUCCAGAUGUAAACUCAUUUCAGAACCUUGGGAUUGUGGAGGUCUUUAUCUUGUUGGAAGAUUUCCAAACUGGGAUCGGUGGGCUGAGUGGAACGGGAAGUACCGUGAUGACGUUAGAAGAUUUAUAAAGGAUUUGCCUCGUAGAAAUGUCCUAUAUGGUUAUCGCAUCGAUGGUCCAAAAUAUUGGCAUCAGGGACAUCGCUUUGAUAACAGCAUGAUUCUACUUGAUCCUUAUGCAAAGCUAAUUGAAGGGCGCAGGAUUUUUGGUGAUGCCAGAAAUAAGAUUUCUCAAUUUUUGGGGACUUAUGAUUUCGAUAGCUUGCCAUUUGAUUGGGGAGAAAACUACGUGCUUCCUAACAUCCCUGAGAAAGAUCUUGUUAUAUAUGAAAUGAAUGUCCGUGCUUUUACGGCUGAUGAAUCUAGUGGUCUGGAUUCCAAAAUACGUGGUAGUUACCUUGGUGUUAUAGAAAAGAUACCACAUCUUUUGGAGCUUGGCAUCAAUGCGGUGGAAUUGCUGCCGGUCUUUGAAUUUGAUGAAUUGGAGUUCCAAAGGCGCCCAAAUCCGCGGGAUCAUAUGAUCAAUACAUGGGGUUAUUCAACAAUAAAUUUCUUUGCUCCUAUGAGUCGUUAUGCAAGUAAUGGUGGAGGACCUUCCAAUGCUUCUCGAGAGUUGAAAGAAAUGGUUAAGGCUUUGCAUGAUGCUGGAAUUGAGGUCAUUUUGGAUGUUGUCUAUAACCAUACGAAUGAGGCUGAUGACAAGAAUCCUUACACUACGUCAUUUCGUGGCAUAGAUAACAAGGUGAUUGCAUAA